CCUCGACGUGCUCGAUCGACUGGCUUCGCUCGUGCCGUGGACAUAAUCAAUCAUGGUCGCCAACUUCCAACAUCCCUUUCAGCGUGUUCAAUUCGUGGACCGGCAGCAUGCCGGCCAUGAGAACCUCAUUGUAGCGUCGGCCGGCCCAAAACUCUACUCGUACGCCGCCGAGACCGGACAGCAGCUUGCUAGUUGGCCACAGGACGAAGACCAGAGCAAUGUCGACGGUCAGGGUCCACCGGAGAAGAAGAGAAAAGUGUCUGCGGCGGACGAGGCGGAAGUUGAACCGCCUGCCUCUACCAACGGCACAUCGGGGAAACCCAAACCCCCAGCUUGGUCGAGCAUUCCUCUCCUAGUGGCUUCUUCUACCGGCGAGCAUGUGGUUGCGAUGACAUCUGAGGAUAAGUGCGUCCGCGUCUUCCAAUUGGGUCAGGAUGGCUCUUUCCAGCAAUUGAGCGAAAGAGUUAUGCCAAAGCGCGGCUGUGCGCUUUCUCUGGUUAGCAAUGACACUCUGAUCCUGUGUGGUGAUAAAUUCGGAGACGUCUACUCUAUGCCUCUUUUCCCCGGCGACAAGGCCGUCGCAGCGCCGAAAGUUGCCGCUCGCAAAAUGAAGCAGAACUGGCCGGCAGCCACAGAUCUAACAGUGCACACGAAGGGAAACCUGCAGUCUUUGCAGCAGCAGAAGCGCCAAUACGACGCAAAAAUGGAGAAUCCGGACGAGAGUUCUAGCUUGAAAUUUGAACAUGAAUUGCUCGUCGGCCAUGUGUCUCUACUCACAGACUUGACUUUUGUCUCGCUCCCAGUGGACGCCUCGGCCGAUAAAAAGCGCACCUAUGUUCUGACUGCGGACCGAGAUGAGCAUAUUCGCGUUUCUCGUGGACCUCCUCAGACACAUGUCAUCGAAAAUCAGUGCUUGGGCCACACUUCGUUUAUCACCAAACUCUGUAUUCCCGCGUGGGCUCCGGAGUACCUCGUUUCUGGUGGAGGUGACAACUACCUACUUGUGUGGAAGUGGCUUGAAGGCCGCAUCGUGCAAAAGGUUUCUCUGGUGGAUGAGACGUCAGAGUCUGCCCCGGUUGCUGUUCGUGGUAUCUGGGCAACAUCAUUGGGCGGCACCUCAAAUGCUUCGGGGGCAUUGAAAUUGAUUCUAGUCGCGAUUGAGGGAUCCUCCCAGCUCCGGUGCUUUGUGCAAGAAUCGGACGGCACGCUAAAGACGCAGCAGUCCGUUAGAGCUUCGGGUAACAUUCUCGACGUGACCAGCAAUGGAAAAGAGACGAUACUUGUCUCCGUCGAUAACGUCCGAGAGGCAGGGUCGACGCAGGAAUGGAGAGCCAGUUCCUCUGAGACUCUGGUCGAGGCAUAUCAUGCGAAACCCGAGGCCGACAGUCUGGUGUGGGAGCCGGCGACAGGCUCGACGACCACCCAGAUCAACUCCAAUGGCACUUCCGAGUUGGAGAUCAUCACUGACGCCAAGAAACGAAAGGAGAUGAACGACUCCCUAUAUGGUUUGGGAAAUCUGCGAAAGAAGAACAUGGGCGAGGAUGAUUGAGACUAAAAUUCUGUAGUAAACACUGCCUUUGUCUAUAUACCAAAAGCUACUCGUAUAUAAAUUCAAUAGAU